AUGUUAAAAUAAAAUAAAUUUGAUGAAAUAAGUCAAAGAAUUAAAUCAAGAAAAUAAUCAUUAAGUUAAAUAAGAGAAAUUUUGAUUAAUGAUAAAUUUUUUGAUGAUGCAGUUUCCAUCUCAAAGAAUGUUGAUUUAUUAAUAUCCAGAGGAAAAGUAGAUGUGGAUGUAUUUUUAAAGAAAAUAAUAAUUUUUGGAUUCCUUAUUAGUAUAACUUCAUGAAAAUUAGAGCUUAAUCACUUGAAAUUAGAAAUAAUUAAGAAAAAUUAAUUGCAAUUGGGAAUUAUUGUAUUUUGUUGAGAGAUGCAAAUUUAAUGAAAUUAAAUCAAAGUGAAGAAAUUAAUGCUUUGAUUUAAAAAGGACUACCAAAUGUUCCUUUAAAACUAAUAAAUGAUAUGUAACUCAUAAAUAAUGGAAUGAUCUUUCCUUAAAAUCUAAGUUUUAAAAGUGUGAUCAAUAAAAUAUGUCUUAUUAUAGAUAUUAUUUACAAUUCAUUUGCAGGUAAAUUGAAAUAGAAUAUUAGAUACUAUUUAUUUGGGUUCUGAAUAUCUUGAUAAUAUGAAUAAGUGUGAUCAGAUAUUGUAUAAUUUAGUGAUAAUACCAGUAUAAAAAUAUAUUGAAUAACUUGUAAUAAUUCAGUUUGAAUAGGAAACAGUAUGAAUAAUCUAUAAAUAUUAGAAAAAUUUAUUGAGUUUAAAUGGAAUUUGCAUAAACUUAGAUUUAGAUCAAUGA